GGGUCCCGGACCCGGAAGCGGAGCGGCUGAGUCACCCCGGCAGCGCGGCUGGCUGGGAUGCGGCGGCGGCAGCAGCAGCGAGCGGCGGGCGCGUCCCUGCGACACUGAGGCGCCCGGCCCCGGCCCGCCGGCCCCAUGAUGGAGGAGAUAGACCGGUUCCAGGUGCCCACCGUGCGCGCCGAGAUGCAGCCGCUGGAUCCAACUGCUGCAUCUAUCUCAGACAGAGACUGUGAUACAAGGGAGGGAGAGACUGUAGCCAUGAACUAUAAACCAUCCCCACUUCAAGUGAAACUAGAGAAGCAAAGGGAGUUAGCUCGUAAGGGGUCCCUGAAGAACAGCAACAUGGGAAGCCCAGUUAAUCAGCAGCCCAAGAAGAACAAUGUGAUGGCUCGAACAAGGCUGGUUGUUCCCAAUAAAGGCUAUUCAUCAUUAGAUCAGAGCCCAGAUGAAAAGCCACUGGUAGCACUGGAUACAGACAGUGAUGAUGAUUUUGACAUGUCCAGAUAUUCCUCUUCAGGAUAUUCUUCAGCUGAGCAGAUCAACCAAGACUUGAACAUCCAGCUGCUAAAGGAUGGCUAUCGGUUAGAUGAGAUCCCUGACGAUGAGGACCUCGACCUAAUCCCCCCUAAAUCAGUCAACCCCACCUGCAUGUGCUGCCAAGCCACGUCCUCCACCGCCUGCCACAUCCAGUAAUGAGGACGGCAGGCAGUGAUCAGUGCUUUCCACUAUAACUGUAAAACUUAACAGCCAUUGCUUCCUCCUAUGGUAGGACGUGCACCUCUUUGUGUUCAUGGAGCCAGGAGAAACCAAAACUCCAUUUUAUGAUUGAUUGAUGAGUUAUUUUAAGCUUUGGUUAACAGACAUAAGCUGCUCCAAGUGCCACGCUGGAGCCUGAGCAAUUGGCUGGUCUGGGAAGCUAAUGCAAAUGGGUCCAGUGAUCCCUGGGUCUGGGCAGGCUCUGGGUAUGGUUUGUAAGGUGGAUGUACUGGAUUGAGAAGGAUCAGAUGUGGCUGCAGUUAAUCCUAUCCGUCACAACUAAUCCAACUGUGAGUUCAACUGAGUCUAAGAUGUAAGAUCUUUCUAACCUGGGGAAAGGUUGAUUUUUAAUUCAUUCACUGAAACUGAUCAGUUUGUGCCAACCAAAAUUGUACCUGAAUAGGAACAGAGUGGAGUAUUCUAGACUAUGGCAGUGCUGCUGGCAAGGAUUAAUAUACCCUAGGAAUCAGUUACACACAAACAGAACAUGUAAGUGUCAUUUCAUUCUGGGUUAAUACCAAACUUUACUUGGACUGUCAUGUCACAGAUCUGAUGUAACCUACUGUUAUUUCCAUAUGAGAUUAGCACCAAACAGAUACAAUUCUGUUCACAAUCCGUCCAUGCCCCUCCUGGAUUCAUUUUACUGCAUUAAUUCAAUCCAGUCCUAUUUAUUGGGUUUUGCCUCCAAUGUUUAAGGGGAAUUUUGGGGGCCCAGCUGCUGGCAAAAAUCACAGUCCUUGUCCAUUUUAUUAAAAAAAUAUGUAUAUACCUAAGAAGAAUCAUAAUGAUACAGUCUUAACAUAGCACCAAAAAAGUGAGUUGAAGAAAGCACAUGGUUUUUACAGUACACAGAGGUUCAUGUUAUCUUGACUUUGAGCCUCUUAGUUCCUACAGAAGAGAUUUACCGACACUGUACGUCUGUGCAUUUAGUGUUGCCAUAUGUUAGCAGGAUAGGCAAUUUCCAGCAACAGGAGGAUUGAGCAGGUUCCCAUCAUGAGACGCACGAGGGAAACUGCUGUUAUCCCACCUCUGCCCUAUUCUGAGCCAGCCGUAGCUUGUGUUACGGCGGUGCCAGUAGUGAAGGAACAGUUGUCUUUGCACAAUGCUGUGCGUGUUCAGGAAGCAUGCCUCUAAGAUCAGUAGAUUUACUGCAUCGCCAAUUCAGAUUUGUUUUUAAUGCAAGUGAAUUUCCUGACUUACGAACCAUAUUGGCCUCCUGAUACUUCUUUUAAGCUUUUGGGGCAAAAGAUGCCCAAGAGUCAGGUGAAUAUAGGACCUGCGUUAAUUAUGCCAUCAGACUAAAUUCCUUGACAUGAAACAUGACUGCAUAUUCUUCUGCUUUAUCAGAAGGGACAAAGACUACCAACCUUGCUUUUAGUGUUUGCUUCAGGUUUUGAUGAUGAAAAUAUUGGAGGAAAACGAAAACAUUUUUCCAGUUUAAACUACUUCUGGGAAUUCCUUCAGAAUGCAACACAUAUGCUUAAAUUUCAUCUUCCUGGAGUAUAUAAAAUCCUUGCGUAAAAGUUAGGUGCAGUCAACUGAAUCUUUAAUAGGACACUGUCAGCUGCUUUUAAUAGUUUUAAUUGUUGUUGGCUUUUACUCUGUGUAUGGCAAGAUGCCGCAUAAUCUAGUGGUCAGAGCACAGGAUUAGAGCACAGGGACUCCUGGGUUCUAGAUCCCAGCUCCACCACUCGCUUGUGUGGCCUUGAGCAAAUCACUUAAACUGUGUUUUCCCGAUCUAUAAAAUGGCAGAAUACUUACCUACCUCACAGGACACUGUGAUGAUAAGUUGCAGUUGUUUAUAGCACUUUACAUCUGUAAGUGCUAACUGCCCUUUGCAAAUCCUCCGAGACUUUUGGAAACUGAAUAUUCCCCUAUUGAUCUAGCCUUUUUUAAUCACUUGGCAACUAUUAAGGUGGAAGUUUUCCCAAACGUUUCUAGAGAAGCACAAAUCGUCAGCCAUUGUGUGCCCAUUUCAUCUAUGAUGCCAGCAGAAAUGAUGAUCCACUUUGGAAAUAACUAGGCAGAAGAGGAGCUCUCACAAAACACUAUGUGCAGAGACAAGAUGGCUUUUGAUUCUUGGGAGUAAUGAGUAGGGAAUUUGGCCAAAUCUUACCCAAAAAAAAAAGAGUCAAAUUCUGAACUAAAAUUAUUUGACAGUGUCCCUUUAAAGGGCUAUAUUAAUACAGGCUUUCAGACUGCUGACUAAAACUUUAUAGGCUGGGACUACAUAGUGUAGUAUUCAUAUGAACACCAACAUCUUCAUCAUAUUCAUCCUCUGGGGCAGUGUUCUUCAUGUCAAGCACAGCUGCUCAAACUUUGCCCAACUGGGAGCAUUGCCUGUAAGGGGUCUGGUGCCCCAGAGCUCUGCACCUACUUUGUAUUUAAAUACAAUAGCAUGCCCUGUGCCAGACUACAGGUCCCAGCAUGCAAAGCCCCUGUCCUUAUACCAAGCGUGAGCUUGUAUGCAGAUCAAGAUGGAGCACUGCAUGUUGGGAUUAAUAGUCUUCAUAGGCUGCCCCACCAUAUUAAAGAAGAGACCUCACCUGCUGAUGUGAUGACUAUUGCCCCAAGUUAGCAGGAACAAAUGCUUUUAUUUCUUCUGGUUUAAAUUUUUUUCAGCCUCCUGCCCCAAAUGUCCACCCCACUCCAUCCCCAGCACAAACACACACCACCUUUUGGUCUGUGAAAUAAGCACAUGCUUCCAGUUUAACCCUUUAGGAUCUGCGUGAGAGAGAUGCUCAGUGUUUGGGGAAGAUAGGAGGGAGGUGAAGACUAUGUUUAAAUAUUAAUUACACUAAAAGUACUUUCAUGGGAUCUACAAACCAUGCUCCAUGAUGGGCGCUUUCUACAGAUGUAAGGAAAUCACAUGUUGUGUUUGUUUCAUUCCCCAUUCGCAAAGGGGUUUGGUUGCACAAACAGCUAGCUUAGCAUGAUCAGUACAGAUCCAUAAAAUGGAAAUUUUUGGCUUCUCCUCACUCUAUGCUUUGUGUCCAUGUAUUUCACCAGGGGGAUAAACUAGACAGGGUAGAAAGAAAAGCAGUUAUCAAUGUAGGGUUGGAUUCAGGAAAUGCAUUGAGAAAAUGCACACAUGGCUAUUAUAGAAAGUUGACCAAUAAUCCUGCUCCACUACAGUUUCUUACGCAGACUAUGAACUUGUUGCUUUAAAAAAAAAAGACUAUGGUGGAAGGUUGAGGGGGGGUAUUAAUCUGAAAAAUGGCUAGUUAAACCUGGCUCUCCCUGCAUGACCUCAUGUCCCAGACUUUGGGUUCAGUGGAUGACAUCUCUUGUCUCAUGCUACUCAAAGGGGAUUAAACUAUGCCGACAGUUCCUGGCAAUGUACCUGGCGAUUCUGUGGUGCUGUUUCUCAGCCCCAGGAGACGAGGGAAGAAAAAGGAGGAUAUCCCUCACUUUCCACUUCAGCUGGAGAACACAUUCAUAAAACUGCCAGAGUGUUCUCGUGUCAGCAGAUUGCUUGAAAGAGAGCACUUGAUAUCCCGAUGCAUCCCUUAUUUCAAGGUGACUAGUCACAUUAAACCACCUGGCGUUCUCAAGAAGAGUCUGACUUUAUCAAAAGUCCCAUCUUCCAAUCCCAAACCCACGAGGGCCACAUUACAACUCCACACAGGGCGAAAGCCUGUGUCACCAUUUGCUGAAAUUAUCACACAGACGCUGUUUGCCUGAGAAUUUGGAAAAUUCUCUUAUAUUGACUCUUGGUCCCCACAAAUUUAUGUCCACUUGAUGCCUCUAAAAUCAAAGCCCCUCUGCUUGAUGUAUAUUAGGAUUUUUAAUUUUAGUCACCAUAAAACAACGGAAUUUGAUCACAACCCCUCCUGUCUAUCAGGUGUUAACUUCCAUAUUGACUCGAGUAUGUGAGGCCUCAACGUACAGAUUUGGCUCGCCGUCUGGAAUGAAGACUGCCCCGUUUCCGAAGAUUAACACCAUAAAUAGGGAAUCUCUACAUUUCUGCCACACUGGGAUGAGCGAGUAACAGUCUGUGUGUGGUGUGUUGCUCCCUUUGAAGGAAUAUAUACUCAACAAACCCACUGUAAAGUUCUGUCUACCCUCAGUAUUUGUGAGUCACCUAUACUGAUCAUCCUUGUAUCUAAGCACCUGUAUAUCCUAGUAAGUGACUGGAUGCAGGGCCGGUUGGGACCAAGUUAUCUUGCAUUAGCACAAUGUGUUGCAAUAUAGUGUCCAAAAUGGGAUGAUUCAGAUUCAUUCUAGUCUGACUCUUCUUCUACUUAAAUGCCACCAAAAGUGAUCAUGUAGACGAAUUCAGUUGAUGCACUGAACAGUCACAUAGUCUGAAGUAGAGUUGCCAAGCCUCCAGGAUUGGCCUGGAAUCAGCAUCAAUCACCCAGUGACUACUGAAAGCAAUCUGGGAUAUUUUAAUUGGAUAUUUUAAAAAAAUGACAUUGUCAGGUUGGGGGUGGGGGUCGGAAAAUCUCCUGGAAUAACUUCAGUCAGAGUUGGCAACCCUAUUCUGAGGAUCUCCAUGUCCAGUGCCCUGGACCAUCAGGGUCUAGGAGCACUGUGGAGGCUAUUGAUCAGAGCAGCAUUGUGAAGCUCUGGAGAGGAGCCAAAUACCAUCUCAAAAGGAAGAGGGGGUGUCACAGGAAGUCUUAGAGUUUUUAGAAGCGGUAAAAAGGUGGGGAAAUCUUUUGGAGUCAGGAAGGGAGGGCAGGGGAGUCAAGUUGAGCUGGGCGGGGGGGAGAGGGAAUCUUAGCUGAUCGACAAACUGUCAUCUUGUAAUGAGCUUGGCUCACAAUCUUCUCAACCACUGCACUAACUUAUCACUGCACACUGAAAAAUGGAACGGAGGGGGCUUCCUGGUCCACUAGCCAGUAGUCCUGUUUCAGUCCUCCUGGUGCCCUUUUUCCAUGUUGCAGGUACGUGUACGGAGAUCUUUGGAAGGAAGGAACUUUGAUAUCAUCUAACUAGGCCACUGGCCCUAAGCUUGUCUGAUGCAAUGUUUUCCCAGCUAUGAAGCCAAUCCUCACAGAGGGAGAACCCGCCGAGUCCUUCUCUGACGUAUGUUGCUUGCCCCAUUACUUAUCUGGAUUAUAUUUUAGAUGUAGUAUCCUCCAGCUAGGCUCUUCUCUGUAAUCUCUUCCUCUGCCCUUUUUGCCAGCGUAUUUAUUCUGUCAGCCCAUGUGCCUUUCGGUCUGAUGUGCUACUUUGGCUGUCUUGUCUGUGCCUGCCUAGAGCUGAAUAAAUAGGUGUGGUGGAGGUAGCAGUGAAGCAGUGUCCCCACUGACUGGACUUGCCAGAAUAGCACUGGGCUAGUCAGGCUUACCCACACACAGGGUAGGCCAAACUGCUUCUCUUCAGCUUCUGUAUCUGCCCUCCAACUCCCCCAUCCCAGAGGGGGUGUUGGCUUCUCUUCAGCUGCAUCCCGGCUUGCACCUUCAUAGCUCAGUUGCUCCCCAGAAUCCUUGUGUCCUGGUGGUUGUGGCACCUGUUCUGAGGUCCCAUUGCAGCUAGUGCAAAGGAGUCUGGGUGGUUUGAUAAAUAAGCUGCUGCUGUACAUGACUGAGCAGAAACGAGGAAGAAGCUUUUGAAAGAGGACAGGACCCAGAUGAUUGCCAGGUGGGUUGGUGGGAGGAGAAAAGGAGGCAGUGAUUGGGGGUGCUGCCAAGUGCCUUCUUAGCUUAGGGCAGGUCCUGGUUGUCCAACCUAAUCUGCUUCAGUAAGGUGCUGUUACAGGCACGAUGCAAAUCUUGCUUGCUGCGCACGCAUCGGAAACCAACCCGAAAGCCAACGGGGGAUGAAAGAUGCUAACUACAGAAAAUCCGCUAAUAAUCUUAAUGAGUAGAGUGGUGUCCUGACCUCGGCUACACACUUGCUGUGACCUUGCCUCUGUCCAGGGCUAUAAUUCUAUCUCAUAGGGGUAGUGAGGCUGCAUUUAUCGUUGUCAGGUGCUUUAGGAUCCUUUGGCAAAAGGUGCUAGAGAUGACGGGUGAAUUUAAAACUGUCAGAUUUCUUUUAAAAAUCCAAAUCCAUAAAGAGAAGCGGUGUAGCUCCCCGUCCCUUUAUGUAGCGGCUUCUGAUGUUGCAAUGUGCCAGAAGGCCUCAGGGGGGAGGCUAAUCGAGAUAAAACCACACUGGGGAGAGCCAUUUGACAGGGGUGCCUUUCCUGGCUAUGGAGCAGCUGGCACUCGCGCAGCUGGCUGCCCAGGCCUUGGCUACUGCUGCUCCAGCUGCGUGGAAUGUGGGGGCGCGUCUGAGAUCCCGGCAGCGCUGUCCAUCGUCAGCAGGAUGAAGGCACGGAAGAGGGCACGUGGAUGUACAGGCGUGGGGGAGGUCAAGUUGGAUUAAUUGACCAAAUGGUGGAAAUGAGCAGCACAGCAGCAGAUCUGAUCUGUGAGGGAGUUUCCAGGGGAAGCUUCCUGUCUUGUUUUUUCUGUGGACGUAACAAUUUAAGGUAUAAAUUAAAACUUUCCUCCCUCUCUUGGCUUUCAGGCUUGCUCGCUCUCGCUCUCUGGGCGCUCCCUUCACCUUCCAUUCUUCCUCCAAACACGCACUCAAUAUGGCUGCUGCAACACAAAAGUAAAUUUGCCUUGUCAUCUGAGCAUUGCUUGACGCAGCAUAUAUGGGCCAUCGCCAUAUGCCCGGCAUUUGAAUCAAAGUUAACUCAUCCUUGUGCCACCCCUGACUUCCCUUCAGAGCGGACACCAGGAUUCAGGAGGGCACUUUUCUUUCUCCUGCCCUUGGCCCCUGUAUAAAUAGAGCAGUGUAUGGAGAUUCCCAGGCAGGGCCUUGGGGAGGACGGUAUGGGUUACAUUGUUUGGAUUUUUGUGACUUAGGAGCCUAGUGGAGGGUAGUAACUGUAAAGGUCCACUGAGGUGCAGGUGUGGUGUAGUAUGUUACAAGCUCACACAGUGCCAAGUCCAUAACUCCUAUCGAAGUCAGUCAGUUGCUGGUGCUCAGUCCUGUGUGUGCCCCCCUCGUGGGAAGGCGUAGUGGCACUUGGAGAUAGCAACUCUGUUGCUCAUCUUCCCUGAAAGCAUGGCCUCUUUCUCACUUUCACGCCGCAGUUCCCUGUGUCUGAGGGUUUGCUUCAGGCUCUGAACUGCGUUUCAUCAGGCAAGCCGGCCUGUGUUCCCGGAACGGCGAAUGUGAGCAUGGCAGGGACAGCGUUCAUAACCAGACAAAUCCAGACCCAGAAAGGCCAGUGGCUUAGCCUAAAGCACUGUGAACUGGAACAGUCUACAACAAACUAACAGGGGAGCAUCUCCAACAGACAGGAUAUGGGCACCUGCUCUUUUCUGUGGGGCUCAAUGUGCGCAGCUGGCACCUGAAGCUCAAGCGUUAAGCCCAUUCCUUUGUGUUGUGUAAGGUAAGUUGCAGUGAUAAAGGCAGUUUCCAAAAAAUGUGAAACCACAUCUCUGGGGGGGGUUAUGUCACCAUCUGCCCUGCGACGCUGGGUACCUUCAAAGCUGUGUUUGACAGCCCUGAUCCCAACAGCCAGCCUACAAGCUUGCAGGUUAUACCCAGGCUUCCAGUGCCCAGCCACUUUUUGCAGGGUGACCCCAACGCCCUCCAGUCCCAAAUGUUCCCCACAUUGUCUGCCCUGUAGUGUCCACUACACCAGGGUGGCAAUUUGCUGGGGUCCCCAGAAUUAUGAGUUACUGUGAUACCCCUCUCAGCCUCCACAAGUGUGAGUCUGCCUACUGCUAAGCUGUGUGACAACUCCUGACACACCAGCUUGUCUGCCUUGCUAGCAAACUCUUCAGGACUCUGCCAGUCCAAACCUGGCCUUGCAGGUAACAAGAGCAAACCCCAGCUCCCGAGUUCCCUAGAGACGUUCCCCUGCAGUGUCCAGCCCUCUCGCUGGACACACAGAUGUUAUUGUUCAUUGCUUCUUUAAAGAGCAGCCCAUCGAUUUAACUGGGGUUUCACAAACACUCUUCUUUCAAUCACAGCACUAAAUUGGAUGUAUAGUAGAAGUAAAACACAUGUAUUAAACAAAAAGUCAUAGUUUUCAGUGUUACAAGCAAACGAAAGUAAAAAUGUGCUUCUGAGACUGAAACUGAACUUCAGCAAGUUACAGUCUUUCCCUAAGCAGGUUUCUCAGGGACUUCAGCUGCUUUGGUUGAAGGAUCCAACAUUCUGUGAUGGCUACCAGGAUGGCUUCCUGUUUCUGCUGCUUU